UAACUCCCAAGUAGAAGAUGAUAAAAGUACGUAACGAACUCGGUGAAUCCCCCUGCUACCUCUGUGAUUUUGCGUGCAGCACAAAACAGAAACUAGCUUACCACACCUUUACAGUUCACAACACACCUCAGAGUUUGAUUUGCAGCUACUGUCAGUUCAAGUUCAAAGAUGUCUCAUCUGUUAGGAGGCAUAUCCGCACAGUUCACAUCAACGCUAAAGAUUACAUGUGUACUUACUGCAACAAGAAAUACAAACACAAAUAUGAUCUGGAGAAACACUUUUCCAAGAUUCACAAGACAAGACCAAUGGAGGGGCAAAACUUCUGCUCUGAGUGUAAACUACUCUGCUUUGGGUGGGAACAGCUCAAGAAACAUUACCUGGACGCUCAUGGUAAAACAAUACAACAUAUAAAGUGUCCCCAAUGUUAUAAGAUCUUCUUUGAUGUGAUGUAUUUGAAGCAGCAUUUCAAACGGGUCCAUAACAACAAGACUAUGAGUGUUGUCUACUGCCAGCACUGUGGAGCAGUGUUUGAAGAAGACACAGCGCUAGUCCGGCACAUGGAAGAAAAACACUUCUGGAACGGAGAAAGUGCCGUGUUCUGCCGGGAGGACCAGUGUGACGAACUGUUUGAGGACAUGUCCGAGCUGGAGACUCAUAUUCAGGCGGUUCACAAGGGCAAUAAAAGAGUCCGAGUAUCCCCUACCUCAUAUUGUAGUGGUACCGAGUCAGAUUGUCCAGUUUGUUCAGAUACUCAGCCUUCCAAAUUACAGUUAGUAGCACAUUUGACGGAGAGUCACCAUUGGAGAUCAGUUAUGGAAUGUCAAAAAUGUUACAAACUAUUCCCCACGUGCGCAGAAGUUCAGGAGCAUUUAAACUCACACUGUUUGGAACCUGAAGAUGCGCCUCUCUUACCGAGCGGGAAACAUUCCAUCCUGAAGAAGAGAUUGCUGAAGAGGAAGAAUAUUAAAGACCUGUCACGUGACUUGGAACCUAGAUUCUUUGUGGGCUUCGUCCGGCUGGACGAUCAGAAGGAGCCCGCGUUGCAAGAAGAGGUCGAAGUGGAAACGAACAAUGGAGAAGGGAGCAGUUUCCCGACGAAAAUUGCCGGAUGUGUAACCAUAGGAUCUAAUACUUUGUCCGGAAUUCGGGCGAAGUCGUGCAGGAAACUACAUCAACGGAUUAACGCCUGUGCCCUCAAUUGUUUAAAAGCAGGAGCAGAUGGAGUACUUUCAACUACAGAGGUCGAGAACAUCGCAAGCAAAGGAAUGGCAAAACAGUCUGAUACCAGUGGUUACGGAAGGGCUGAAAAAGCUAUUGAUGGCAAUAAUAAUGGCAACUAUCAUAGCGGGUCUGUAACCCACACUGAAGCAUCUGGUAGUAACGCCUGGUGGUCGCUGACAUACCCUCGCUCAAUGUUUAUCAAGGAAAUCCAAAUCUUUGGAAGAACAGAUUGUUGCUCGGAACGAAUUGAUGGUGCCUCUGUCUUAAUUGAUGGCAAGAAAGUAGGAACAUUAAACCACAAUGAUGGAGCCCCUAUGGUUGUGCCGGUUAAUAGAGUUGGCUCCGAGAUAAUGAUCAGAAAUAAAGAAGGUGGAGCCCAGCUUUCUCUUGCUGAAGUUCUGGUGAUGGGGGCUAAAAUAGAAAGUGAUCCUUGCAAAGAUGGGUGCGACAAUAUCGCAUCAGAAGGAUUAGCAACGCAGAUCGACACUGAUCACAAUGGAGAAGCUUCCCGGGCCAUUGAUGGCAAUACUUCCAACAGAUGGGGAUCGAAUUCGAUUACCCACACUAAAACGACAGGGCCAAAUGCCUGGUGGAGAUUGACAUUCCCAGAGAACGCGUACAUGGAACAAAUCAAGGUUUAUGGACGUGAGGACUGUUGUGCUGAUAGGCUCGAUAACGCCACUGUGUAUGUCGAUGGUGAACUUGUUGGGAUUGUGAACUCCAAAAUAGGAUUCCCCAAUUUGAUCAACAUCGCCGUAAGCGGACAAGUGAUAGAAAUAAGGCCAGCAGGCCGCCAUCCUUUAUGUCUCGCUGAAGUUGAGGUCAUCGGCAUGUUGAUGCAGUAGAGUAAAAAGGAGCUGACGCUGAUAUACGAAACAUUCUAAUGAAAAGAAUCAUAUCAGUUAUAUUCAAUAAUUUGAUAGCCUGUUGCAGCAAUUGGAAUGAUUUUUAAAACUUCGUUGUUUUCACCUUAUGUAAUAUUUUAACAUGGUUUUUAGGGUUUCAAACGUUUACUUUUAGACAUUAAAAUAGACCUUGCAAUUAA